GCGCAUCCGCAAACAACCGAAACCCCCAAGAGGUAGUGAUCACGCCAGAAUCGGAGUCAUCACAUUAAUAUUGUUUGAGAUAACUCUAACUAAUCCUUAAAACCUUACCAAUAAGUCUGUAAGUUAGGCGGGUGCGUCGUUUAUGUUUCUGCAUGGGUUUCUAAACUAGGUGCGAGAAACGCUCCGAGAAACUCCUAAACGGGCGACGCACUGGCGCGACUCCAACCGAGCGGUUCCUUGGCAGCAGCUGCACAGCCAUCACAGCAAUCACCUCCCUUACCGCCAUCUAGACCUUGGGCCUUUGUGCGGCUUUGUUUGUUGCCGGGCGAUCUGGUGUCUGAGAGUGGCCGGGGCUUGAAACCUGCCCCGCGGCCGUCUCAAACGUGGGAGACGGCAGAAGCGUUGAUGGCUUGUUGCCCCAUGCAGCGACACUUGCCGCAUUUGGCAGCCUUCCUAGCAAAGCCCCUAGCCGUUUCUGCGACGCCUCAACUUCACCACCGCUCAGUCUUCCCAACCCGUACUAUGCCCAAUCCUGCGAUGGCUCAGUUUGAGCUUUGCUGGCUUAUACCGAGAGGGCAUUGGAUUUCGUGUCGCAUCAGUUGCACUCGUCUUCUUAAUCGCCUUUGUUAGGAGACGGUCCGUGUUUCGCAUUGAUUCCUCCAGACUUUCCGAUUCACGAGGCUUGGCGUACUGCAUCCAGCCCAGGAGUCUCUCUCCAGUCCUCUUUGGGGCAUCAUGGAGUAUGCCAUGACAGUA